CUCCCGGCCGUCCCGAUGGCCCUGGAGGAGGGAGGCCUAUUCCUAGCACAGGGCGGAGCCCCGGGCACCUCGGGAAAGCCGCCGGGAAGUGAAACUGAAAGCGGCGGGGAGAGGAGCCGUCGGACAGCCAUGGAGGGGCAGCGGCCGUGCGCCUUCCCGCUGCUGGUGCGAGGGGACUGGGGCCCCGCCGAGCCGCCGCCCGCGCUCAGGAAGAAGCUGCUCUGCUACUUCCAGAGCCAGAAGCGCUCGGGCGGCGGCGAGUGCGAGCUGCGGGUCGGGACCGACACCGGGACCGGACACAUCCUCGUCUGCUUCGCCUGCCCCGAGGUCAAGCAACGAGUUCUUGAGAAACAGUCUCAUCAGUUGCAUUUGGGAGGAGAAGAAAAAUUGAGGUUGAUUGUCACAGAGCCUGAAGCGGCACUAGCUACUAAAGAGGAGACACGUGAAGAGAAAUCAGGUCUCACAAAGGCUUUGGAUGCCAUGAGCAGCCUUCAACUAAAAGAUGAUACACAAGGCUUGAAGAAAGCAGUGAGUGUUGCUUCAAACAGUGAACUCCAGGAGGAGAUUGGCUCUGGAGAAGACUCACCUUUGGUGGUAUUUGAGAACAUAGAGAAAUGCAGUCCAAACUGCUUACAGAUGCUGUUGGAGAACAUCAGUGGCCUGACUGUAGAUGCUGACUUUACUGUUGAACUGAUACCUGAAAUAAAUGCUGCUGUUGCUACCUUUAUAAAAAGCAUUGAUACUAAGGAAUUUAUCGAAAAAUGUUCACAACACAAAAGAGUCAGAGAAUUCCAAAUCACUGCCAGGCUCCUUGAGCCAACACAGACCAUCAAGGUUGAAAACCUACCAGACAACAUUUCCAUAGAUUACCUCACGGUGUACUUUGAGAGCUCACGGAAUGGAGGGGCACCCGUGUCAGAUGUCCGGCUCUUCCCCGAGGAGAACUCGGCCAUCAUUACUUUCUGUGACCACAAAGAUCUCACCACGGUCUUGGAAAAGCGACAUUUACUGGAACAGACGCGGAUUUCUGUGCAUCCAUAUUACCACUCCCUGGGAACAGCCCUCUAUGGAGAAGAAAGACCAGCUGUCAAGAUGCCAGAUCCCAUUGAGGUGCCACUAGACCCAUAUGUAUGGCAGUUUUUACAAAAGCAUGCCGAUCUGACCCAAAACAUAAACCAGGAAAUGGCAGUUUGCCAUUCUGAGCUCAUAUGGCCCCAAGCAGACUGUGCAAACCCAGAAGUUAUGUUGUGCCCAUCCCCAUCUCUCUGCACGCAGAAAAAGCCAAUGAUUAAGUUGCUCAAGACAUGGCAGCAAGAUGCUUCCACUGAGUUCUCACGUAUCAUGUCACGUUACAUAUCUAUAAAAUGUGAAGUCAAUUCAUCAGGUUGGGAAGAUGUGAAAAAAAGACUGUCAGAAGAUGGUGGUCUGAUCAUAACUGAUAUUUCUGAGGAGAUGGUGGUGAUUGCAGGCAGCAGAGCAGCAGUGGACAGUGCAGAGAAAGAAGUGAGGGAAUGCAUGAAGCAAAGUGAAAGGGAAAAACAGAGCAUAGAAAUUUCUGUGUCAGUGAUCCCAGGGAAGUAUGCUGUGCUGCACAAUGCUGGGUUAGAAGAGAAUAUACAGAAGGAAUAUCCAUGCCUGAAGGUCUUUUACGAUGACAAAAAAAAGACUGUUCAGUUGUGUGGAUUACCUGCAGAAGUGUAUAAAAUCAAAGCUGACUUAUUGGAAAAGGUAUUGAGUAUGCCAUGUACAUCAGUUACCAUUGACCCCCAUGUUUUCCACUAUCUCCGGUCUGUAGAUAAUAAACAUACGUCAGAUGUGUUGUUCAUUAAGGAAAAUAUUAAUACUUUUUAUGAACUUCAGGAUGAUACUGUGUUGCUGUAUGGAGAUGCUCCCAAAGAUCUUCUAGAAGCGGAAAAGCAAAUAAAAACAGGUUUAGAAUACAAGUACAUCAGUGUGGGGGAUGGUGAAGUCUUUAAAAAGGAUGAGUGGAAGAGUCUUCUUUUCUCCUCUCUGAACACAUAUAGUUCUUCCCAGGAAGUUGUCAUCUCUUGGCAGUCUGUUGGAAAAGAAAAUAAAAUGAUUAUUGCUGGCUUUUCUAAGGCUGUAACAGAGGUCUAUCAGAGACUUAAUGAUUUUAUAGAUAGAAACACACCCAUUGAAAAAGUAAUCCCAGUUAAUUCAGUGGUGAUAGUGCAGUUUGUAGAGAAUGUGAAGUCUGGUGUUUGUGGAGAAUUGAAGAAGAAAGGUGUGACAGUACGUUUUGACACCAAGACACCAUGUAUUUCCCUGAGGGGACCAAGAGAAGAAGUGCCAGAAGCAUUCAUCAUGUUGGAAAAAAUGGUCUCCUCCCUUUACUCAAAAAAUGUGCUAAUUGAUAAACCAGGCACAAAGGAGGUCUUCACUGAGAGGAAAGAUUUUUGUACUUCAGAAGCAAAGCAGAAAUUCAGCUGUUUCAUUAGGAUGAAGGAAGAAGAAGAAGAAGAACGGAAGGGCAGAAAAACUGGUGAUAAAGUGGAAAGAAAGGUCUACUAUGAAAAAAAGCUGCCAGGAGGAAUUGUGGUAGGAGUGUAUAAAGGUGACUUGUGUGACUACCCUGUUGAUGUUGUAGUGAAUGCAUCUAAUGAAAAACUAAAACACAUUGGUGGCCUUGCUGAAGCCCUGUCAAGAGCAGCUGGCCCAGCACUGCAGCAGGAGUGUGAUGAGCUGAUGAGGAAGCUCAAGAAUUUGCAUCCCGGCUGCGCAGUGAUCACACGUGCCGGGAAACUGCCCUGCAAGAAUGUCAUUCACGCUGUUGGGCCCAGGUGGGAUGUGAAGGAAUCACAAAGGUGCAUGUUGUUGUUAAAAAAGACAGUGAAAAAAUGCCUACAACUAGCUGAAAUAUACAAUCAUUGUUCCAUUGCUCUGCCUGUUAUAAGUGGAGGGAUUUAUGGCUUUCCACCACAGAUGUAUGCAGUUUUUAUUGUGUCCUCCAUCAAGGAGAUCUUGGAAGAAUUCAUGGAGGACAGCAACUUGAAGGAGGUCCAUCUUGUUUGUAAUUCAGAAGAAACAGUUCACACUCUGAGUGAGACAGUAAAAAAAGUAUUUUCAGCUAAUACAUUCUCCACAAAACAGCCGAUGCUGAAAAAAAGCCAGAAGGAGAAUAGAAAAGGGGAUCUGAAGAUGGUUACAACAAAUGAAGGGCUUUGCAUCCGAGUGGAGAAGAAAAAUAUUCAGAAAGCCAUGACGGAUGUUCUGGUCAACAGUGUUGGCACAGAUCUGCAGUUUGGUGUGGGGCCUCUUUGCAAAGCCCUGCUGGAAAAGGCUGGACCAGCUCUUCAAGAUGAGUUUGACACGGAAAAACAAAAUCAGGUUGCUGGUGCUGGGAGUGUGCUCUGCACCAGUGGAUGUGCUAUGGCCUGCAAGUCCAUCUUUCAUGUCAUACUACCCAAGUGGAAUGGAGGACAGACAGAGAAGGUUCUAGAAGAUGUAAUUGAUUUGUGCUUGAAGAAAACUGAAGAACUUGGACUGAAAUCGAUCGCUUUCCCAGCUAUUGGGACUGGAGGAUUUGGAUUUCCUAAAAUCAUUGUUUCUAAGUUAAUGUUUGAUGUGGUAUUCAGGUUCAGUAGUAGUCACACUCGGAAGAAUCUCCAGGAAGUUCAUUUUUUCUUGAAUCCACAAGAUACUGAUAACAUUCAGGCUUUUACCACUGAGCUAGAACUUAGGGCAGGUGGAAGUUGCAGUGCUGCAGCAGCACAGCCAAUUAUUUCAGAAUCAUGUGAGAAACUGGACACAGAGAAGGCAACCUCUAGGAAUUCUCCUAUAGUAGUAACUACUGCCUUUGGGGAGGAAAUAGAAGAUGAGAUUUUGGAAAUGUACUUUGAAAAUAAAAAGAAGUCUGGUGGGGGGGUCAUCAAGUCCUUUGUCAAAAAAGAUCAGCAAGUGAUCAUCACCUUUCAGGAUGAGCAAGAUGCCCAAGAAGUUUUGCAAAGAAAACAUCUCUUGGGUAAAAUUGAUCUGGUUGUGAAGCCGUGGCAAAUGGAGACUUCCCAGGAGUCAUGCCAAGUGGAGAACUCUGAAGGCUCCCUGCUUCCCACCGCAGUUGUGCUGGAAAAUGUGAAGGAGACAACAACAGAUUGCAUGUUAAUUUUGCUGGUAGAGAAUGUGAGCGGAUUAUCAGAGGAUGACGGUGACUUCAGUGUGGAAAUGAUACCUGAGUUAUGUGCUGCUGUAGUUACUUUUACUAGAAAUAUUGAUGCAGAGGAAUUUGCUGAAAAGAUUAAUCAAAACCACAGAGCAAGGAAACAAAACAUCACUGCACGGUGCCUUGAGCAAACAAAAUGUGUUCGGGCUGAAAAUAUACCAUCCAACACCCCCAGUGACUAUAUAACCGUCUACUUUGAAAAUGAGAAAUACGGAGGUGCACAAAGGGUGGAUGUUCAACAGCUGCCUGAUGAAGAAGCAGCUAUCAUUACAUUUGGUAACCAAAAAGAUGUAGCAAAUAUCCUGGCAAAGAAGCACUCACUCAACAAAACACCAAUCUUUGUCUAUCCUUACUACACCUCACUGGAAACGGCUCUAUAUGGAAAGGAAGGGCCACAGAUAAAGAAGCCAGAUCCAAUUACCUUGCCUCUGGAUCCCUAUAUCUGGAAUUAUUUGCAAGGAAAUAGUAGCUUAAUUGAGGCAAUAGAUCAUGAAAUGGCAAAGUGUAAUUGUGUGCCAAUGUGGCCUGAUGCUCCCUGUGCAGAUCCAAAAAUUACUUUGCAUCCUUCAGCUAUUUUUUCAGAGCGAAAGAGAUCAGUAUCUCAAUUGGCCAAGGCAUGGAAAGAAAAAGUUUCCACAGCAUUUUCACACAGCAUAUCAAAAUACAAAGCACUUCCUUGUCAAGUAAGCACAGAGGUGUGGGAAGCCAUUAGUAACAACUUUCCCCAUGAUGAAGUUCUGAUGAUUCCACAUAUUUCCAAGGAUUUACAUGUUCUAGUAGGGGAAAAAGAAGUUGUGAAGGAGGUUGAACAGGAGCUGAAGCUUCUGAUUGAAAAGGCCACCAGAGAAAUUGAAAGAAAAAAACAAAGAACUGAACUGAAAGUCGAGACAGUGAGUCCAGGGGAAUAUGGAAUUUUACAGGUAACUGGUCUUGAAGAAAAAUUUCGUACAGAGUUCCCAGACUUGAAAAUAACGUAUGAUUAUUUUCAGAAGAGCAUUAACCUAUCUGGACUGCCUGAGGAAGUUUAUAAAGUAAAAGGAGAAAUUCUUGAUUAUGUACACAAAAUGGUAAAGAAAACAGUUAAUAUCCACCCUUACAUUUUUCAGUUUUUAGAGCAUAUUGAUAAUGAAACUCUGUCACAGAGCCUGUUUAUAUCAAAACAAAUUUGUGCCUUUUAUGAGCUUGGUGUAGGAGAGAUCAUCCUGAAAGGGAGUGCUCCUGAAGAUCUUCUAAAAGCAGAGGAAGAAAUAAAGAAAGAACUGGACCACAAAAGUAUUACUUUGGAGGAUGAGUCAGUCCUCCUGAAGGAGGAAUGGCAGAUGCUAGCCAAGGAAAACUGCUGUAAUGUAGCAAUCACUCAGGCAGAGACUCAGAUCAUGAUUACUGGUUUUUCUGAAGCAGUAGCAAAAGCCUUUGAGGAACUUUCCAACUUUAUAGAUGAAAACACGCAGGUGCAAAGGGUCAUUGAAGGAAAACCGAUGGCAGUCAUGAAGUUUUUUGAGAAAGAGAAGGUCGAUGACUGGGCUGCCUUAGAAAAAAAAUGCGUGAAAGUUGACUUUAGCACGCAGAAAAACUGUGGAGUUAUAUCCUUGAGUGGGCCGAAGACGAAAGUGUUGGAGGGAGUCAGCUUAGUUGAGGGAAUUCUGUCUGGCCUGCAUUUUAAGCGUAUGGUAAUUGACUUGCCAGGAGCUAAGGCAUAUAUAAAAGAGCAAGCACACCUUUUGGCCCCCCAUGUAAAACAUGUGUUCAAGUGUUUAGUCCUACUGGAAGAGCAGCCAGAAGAGCAGCUGGAAGGACAGAAAGAACGUAGUAGCAGAGGCAAGCUCUAUAUGCAGGUGACCAUGGGUGAAACUGUAAUAGCACUUUAUAAAGGUGACUUGUGCACUCACCCUGUUGAUGUUGUGGUGAACGCAUCUAAUGAAGACCUAAAACACAUUGGUGGCCUUGCUGACGCCCUGUCAAGAGCAGCUGGCCCAGCACUGCAAGAGGAAUGCGAUGAGCUGGUGAGGAAGCUCGGGAAUUUGCACCCUGGUGACGCAGUGAUCACACGUGCCGGGAAACUGCCCUGCAAGAACGUCAUUCACGCUGUUGGGCCCAGGUGGAGCAAGGAGAAAUCAGAAAUGUGCAUGAACUUGUUGAGGAAGACAGUGAAAAAUUGUUUAAAAGUAGCUGAAACACACAAGCAUCGUUCCAUUGCUCUGCCUGCUAUAAGUGGAGGGAUUUUUGGCUUCCCACUGAAACUGUGUACUUAUUUGAUUGUAUCCUCCAUCAAGGAGACCUUGGAACAAUCCAAGGGGAACAGCAGCUUGAAGGAGGUUCAUCUUGUGGGUUUUGCACAGGAUAACAUUGAGGCUUUCAGCAAGGCAUUUAGACAAGUGUUUUCAGAUUCUUCACCUUUCUACAAGUCACUGCAUCAUAUCAGUACAGUUCCUCAACCUAGGCAGAGGAAAGCUUUUCAGCAUAUUAAGAACUUCCCUUUCAUAACAACUCAGGAAGGCCUUAACAUCAUGCUGCAAACAGGAAGCAUUGAAGAUGCUACAACAUCCAUUGUUGUUGUCAGUGUUGGCAAAGAUCUCCAGCUUGACAAAGGGCCUCUUGGUAAAGCUUUGCUAAGCAAGGCAGGGCCAAUGCUUCAGACAGAAUUAAAAAAAGAAGGUGGAGGAAGAACACCUGAGGAAGGAUCUGUGUUGAAAACUAAAGGUUACAAUCUGGCUUGCAGUGUUGUGCUUCAUGCUGUGGUACCUAUGUGGUCCCAGAAAAACAGUCCUUCAAAGGUCUUGGGUGACAUAAUCACAAAAUGCCUGGAGAUUGCUGAAGAACUGUCUUUGAAAUCAAUCACUUUCCCAGCAAUUGGUACAGGGAAUUUAGAAUUUCCAAGAUCUGUUGUUGCUAAAUUGUUGUUUGACAAAGUGUUUGAAUUCAGUGGUAAAAACAGAGUCAAUUCUCUUGAAGAAGUUUACUUUCUGUUGCACACAAAAGACACAGCUAAUAUUCAGGAAUUUUCAGAUGAAUUUGAAAACAGGUCUGUAGCUGUUAAAGUGCAGAAGCCUUCUCCAAAUGACGCUAGCCAAAGCACAGCUUUUUCUGCUAUUUCUUCAGCCUCAGCACACAAUGAGCCUGAAAUGACAAUUGGCUCCAUUGUGUUCCGGGUGGCAGAAGGUGAUAUUACCAAGGAGGAGGGAGAUGCCAUUGUAAACAUAACAAACCAAACCUUCAACCUUAAAACAGGUGUCUCCAGAGCAAUCCUGAGUGGUGCUGGAAAAGCAGUUGAAAAUGAAUGUGGUAUACUAGCCCAGCAAACUGGCAACAACUAUAUCAUCACCCAUUCAGGAAAUCUGCCAUGCAAAAAAAUAAUUCAUUUUGUUUACCGAGAUGAUAUCAGGUCCCUGGUUUCCCAGGUGCUCCAGGAGUGUGAACUGCGGCAGUAUACCUCUGUCACCUUCCCAGCAAUUGGAACAGGAGAGGCACGCCGCAAUCCAGCUGAGGCAGCUGACAACAUGAUAGAUGCAGUAAUUGACUUUGCAAAAAGGAAUACGGCUACAUCUGUGAAAAUGAUUAAAGUUGUCAUCUUUCAGCCACAUCUGAUGAGUGUGUUCCAAGCAAGCAUGCAGAAAAGAGAAAAGUCUACUGCAACACGAAUCAAAUCGUUGGUUUCCAAGGCAUAUCACAUGGGUAGAUCACUCUGGAGCUCUGAGAAACAUUCCCCAAAGGCAAAAACCAAAGUGGUUUUGGAAAAGAAAAUUGAUCUGGCUGUUGUGCAGAUUUGUGGUGAAAAUGAAAAAGAAGUGGAAGAAGCUGAAAAGUGGCUGAGAAGUGCAAUUUCAAGAGAACAAUCUCAAACAGAAAUUGUAGAUGAAUCUAUCUCUCAUUUUGGUGAAGAAGAGAGUGAAGAACUAGAUGACCUACAAAAGAAAUUAAAAAUUGUUCUUGACUUGAAGAGUACCUCUAUUGAAAUUUCAGGGGUUACAAAAGAUGUCUGCCUGGCUUCUUUAGCUGUUCAAAAAAUGAUCCUCAGGGUAAAAGCUGCUAAAGAGGUCCAGGCAAAACUUUUACAAGAUUCAGUUGAAUGGAAAUAUUUUGAAAAAGAUUCUUAUGUGCCCUUCAACAGUCUCACAAAUGCAGAGUUGGAAAAUGCUUACAAGGGAAAGCGGAAAACUACUGAAGUCACCAUUGGUGAGCAAAUAUACGCAGUGGAUAUGGAACGUAAGACUGCUGUGGAUACCCAAGGAAGACAGAUAUCCAUUAUACGGAUUGACAAAUCUGAAGAUCAAAAGUCAACAGUGCUCCCUCAGAUGUGGGACCAUAUGGAAAAUGAGCGACUCAAAAUAGUGGAACUAAAACCAGACUCAACAGAGUAUAAAGAUGUGCAAGAAAGGUUUCUGCAGACCUGUCAGUUAUUCAAAAUUGAAAAGAUUGAGAGGGUACAGAACCUAUAUCUCUGGAAAAACUACCAAAUAAAAAAGUGUGAAAUGGAUAAAAAAAACGGUGGCAGAAAUAAUGAGAGGCUUCUGUUUCAUGGGACGAGUCAGGAGUCAUUAAUCUUUAUUAACAACCAUGGAUUUAACCGGAGCUUUGCUGGAAUGCAUGCUGCAAACUUCGGAAACGGAACAUACUUUGCUGUUAACGCCAGCUAUUCUGCCAACGACCUUUACUCCAGACCAGAUGUGAAUGGGAGGAAGUACAUGUACUUGGCCCGAGUCCUUGUCGGAGAAUAUUCUCUGGGGAAAAAAGGAUCAAUUACUCCAGCACAAAAAAAUAUGAGCAACUCUGUAGAUCUGUUUGAUAGCUCAACAGAUAACAUGCGCCAGCCAUCCAUGUUCAUUAUUUUUAAUGAUAUUCAAGCUUACCCAGAAUACCUUAUCACUUUCACUAAGUAAGUGUUUCGAUUGCAGCCACAACUGCAUGUCUUUCAGCCUUUAUGGAGUUUUAGGAUGGAAACACCUGUAACAAAACACACAACAAAAAUAAUAAGGAAUUGUGUCAAAUUAAAUAGUCUUGAUUUAAACAAUCUCUGGCAAUUUCUGAUCCCCCUGAAGCUUGUUUACACUUGGAGCAGCUGAACGUAUUAACACUCAAGCACAAUAUUGUACUGCAAUCCUCUUUUAGAUUCUAUAGAGAGCCUUUGUACUGUAUCAGCCUUUCCACACAGCCUUAGGGCCUUCCUAAUUGCUGGUGGGGAAUUGGAAGGGAUAAUGCAGCCAUGGACUGUUCAGUGUGGCAUUUCUGAUGCCUUCUUACACUCUGUGACAAUCUCAUAACGAAUUAUGUUAGAGCAGUUUUCAAUAAAUCAAACAGUUGUACUUAA